CUCAAGCGCAGAACGGAGGUGAGAUUAUCAGGGAUCCUCGGCGGCAGCAGCUCCUGUUGGCGUGAAGGGAAAUAAUCGCGAUGGGCAGCACCGACUCCAAACUGAACUUCAGAAAAGCGGUGAUUCAGCUGACGACCAAAACACAGCCAGUGGAAGCCACAGACGAUGCCUUCUGGGACCAGUUCUGGGCAGACACCACCACCACAGUCCAGGAUGUUUUUGCACUGGUGCCAGCUGCAGAGAUAAGAGCUGUUCGAGAAGAGUCCCCUUCAAAUUUAGCAACCCUCUGCUAUAAGGCCGUGGAGAAGCUGGUGCAGGGUGCAGAGUCCGGCUGUCCGUCAGAGCGAGAGAAGCAGGUGAUCCUGAACAGCACUCGCAUCCUGACCCGCAUCCUCCCAUACAUCUUUGAGGACCAGGACUGGAGAGGAUUCUUCUGGUCGACCGUGCCUGGUGCUGGGCGGGCCGGGACAGAUGAGCUGGACGACGAUGACGGAGCUCGACCACUGGCCGAGUCGCUGCUCCUGGCCAUCGCUGACCUGCUCUUCUGCCCUGACUUCACGGUGCACAGCCACAGGAGAGGCCCAGACUCGGUAGAGAGCAUGCAGUCUAUAGACAGCUGUGAGUACAUCUGGGAGGCAGGGGUGGGCUUUGCACAGUCCCCCCCUCUCAACUACAUCCAUGACCUGAACAGAACAGAGCUGCUGAGAUUGUUACUAACCUGCUUUUCGGAGGCUAUGUACCUGCCUCUGUCAUCGGACAACAGCGUCCUCAACCCCUGGGUGACCUUCUUCUGCUCCACAGAAAAUAGACAUGCUCUGCCUCUGUUCACCUCUCUGCUGAAUGUGGUGUGCGCCUAUGACCCAGUGGGCUACGGCAUCCCGUACAAUCACCUGCUCUUCUCGGACUACCGGGAGCAGCUGGUGGAGCAGGCCGUACAGAUCCUCAUAGUGACGCUCGAGCACGAUGGAGGGGUUCCCCACCGCCCUGCGUCGCCAUCCAGCAUCGAGGAACAAGAGUCGACAGGUCCUGAGAACCUGUUUGUGAAUUACCUGUCGAGGAUUCACAGGGAAGAGGACUUUGACUUUGUGUUGAAGGGCCUAGCACGCCUGCUGACCAACCCUCUGACUCAGACUUAUCUGCCAAACUCUACGAAGAAGAUCCAGUUCCAUCAAGAGCUGUUGGUUCUCUUCUGGAAGCUCUGCGACUUCAAUAAGAAGUUCCUGUUUUUUGUCCUGAAGAGCAGUGAUGUGCUGGAUAUUCUGGUGCCCAUACUCUUCUACCUGAAUGAUGCCAGGGCUGACCAGUCCCGCGUUGGACUCAUGCACAUCGGCGUGUUCAUUUUGCUGCUGUUGAGCGGGGAGAGAAACUUUGGCGUGCGCUUGAAUAAGCCCUACUCCGUCCAUGUGCCGAUGGACAUCCCGGUGUUCACAGGGACUCACGCUGACCUGCUCAUAGUGGUGUUUCACAAGAUAAUCACCACAGGCCACCAGCGGCUCCAGCCUCUGUUUGACUGCCUGCUCACCAUCGUUGUGAAUGUCUCUCCCUACUUAAAGAGCCUGUCCAUGGUGGCAGCAAAUAAACUGCUCCACCUGCUGGAGGCCUUCUCCACCGGCUGGUUCCUGUUCUCUGCAGCCCAGAACCACCACCUUGUAUUCUUCCUCCUCGAGGCUUUUAACAACAUUAUCCAGUACCAGUUUGACGGAAACUGCAACCUGGUGUACGCUAUCAUCCGCAAACGUAACGUGUUCCACCAGCUGGCCAACCUGCCAUCUGAUCCCGCUUCCAUUCAAAAGGCUUUGCAGAGGAAGAGGAAGUCACCAGACGUAAUUUCCCGCACAAGCUCCCAGGAGACUGUGUCCAUGGAGGGCUCUCACCCUGCUGUGCCGGCGGAGCCUGGUACUCUGAAGGCCAGUCUGGUUGCUAUUCCAGGCAUUGAUAAACUCACAGAGAAGUCACAGGUAUCGGAGGAUGGCACCAUGGUGUCCAUCCCAAAGACCGAUUCCACACACGCUGGCCACCCAGACCAAAGUGCAGCUGCAGGGACCAGCGACACAGAGUCGAACUCAGGCAGAGACAAUGAAGAUGUUUUCUACACUGAAGCUGAAAUGGAGAGGAGACGUUUGUCGAGUGCGUCUUCAACAUCAUUUUGGGCUCCAACACCAGACUGGAUUCUCUCCUGGAAGUGUAAGCUACCCUUGCAGACUAUCAUGCGUCUUCUACAAGUCUUAGUUCCCCAGGUGGAGAAGAUCUGCAUUGACAAGGGUCUGACGGAUGAAUCAGAGAUCCUGAAGUUUCUCCAGCAUGGCACAUUAGUGGGCCUGCUGCCAGUUCCUCACCCCAUCCUCAUCAGAAAGUAUCAGGCCAACGCAGGCACUGCCAUGUGGUUUCGUACUUACAUGUGGGGUGUCGUCUAUUUGCGCAAUGUGGACCCUCCUAUCUGGUACGACACUGAUGUCCGCCUGUUCGAGAUUCAGAAGAUGUAGACAGAAAAAGGAAACACGGUCCUGCUCAACGCCAGGGUUCCUCUUCCCUUCAUUAUCUGCUGGUUUCCCAGUAAAACUCACUGUGUUUAACUUGCCUCCGUAAUCGUGGUUUUCAAAAUGCUUGUCCCGUUCGCCGCUGACUUGGGAAGGAGAUUCAUUCAGAUGAGUGAGGAGAUAAUGUUCAGAAAAAGAGGAUGAAUGGCUGAAGUAUUGCCUAUUAGGAGAAACUUUUUUCUUCAGACCUCAAGACCACAGAAUGUCUGUCAAAGCAUCGAGACAACUGGAGCUGAAAACUGAGGCUCUUCUCUCGACAGCAUAGACCAGGAAAUGUGGUUUAACUUUUCAGUCUGACUUGUUAUAGAAGAUAUCGUGUUUUUUCCAACAGAGGCUUGCAUCAUACGUAUCCUGGAUGGCACAGUAGUGUUGUUUCACGUUGUCGUACUUGCCAUGCUUUAAAGUGAACUUGCACUCUUUAUAAGUAGUCUUGUUAUUAUGGUUGUAAUUUAUGUUAUGAUGUAACUCUGAGGUUAGAGAUGAUUAUACAGAUGUUUUUAUGUAUAUGGGCAGGUUUACAUUAUGAGCCAGGCUGGAUAUGCUUAUAAUGCUUGAUGUUGAAACUGUAUUUUCCUUAAAUUUUCCUGAAAAUAUAUAUUGGUAAGCAUCA